AUGUACAUAACAAACUCAUUGGUCAACUGUACCUUUAGUUCCACCAAACCCGAUAAUGGUGUAUCUGCGAAGACUGUGGAACCUCCGAGUGAACAGGAGCAUGCAGUCGGCACAACUGGACACAGUUUGGAGGACUGUGAUACAUGCGCUGAAUCGGAUUCUGUUUACAGUGGGGGUUCCAGAUUAGGCAAAAUUGGACAGCGUGGCCAGACCUAUGAAACUUCCUCAUCCAUGAUGAGUUCCGAUCUGGAGUCUACCAGCUUUCUAGAUUCAGAGGAUGAAUCCAGUCGAUUUUCCACUGCCACCGGGACUUCUAUGUCUUCGGCCAAAUAUGCCCGUCAUCGUAGGCAACGCAGACAACGACGUCGUCUUCUUCCCGUGCGACGUGUUAGUGAAGACGCACCCAUGCAUCACAAACCAUAUGGUCCCAUUCUGCAGAUCUCUCAGGCAUGA